UCUCCUGGGGUAAGACAAUGGUAUUGUUCUGAAUCCAUCUAGAACUUUCUACAUGAAGGACCAGAAUCCGGACUUUAGAGAAUUCCGAAUCUUCCCUGGUCUGAGGGAUCCAACUCCGACCACCCCCGGCAGGCCUCAUGUGGGUGCUGGCCUUGGGUGGGGUUUUCUUGGCGGCGGCCAAGGCUUGUAUCUUCUGUCGUCUCCCAGAUCGUGACUUGUCAGGCCGCCUGGCUCAGCUCAAUAGCCAGAUGGAGCCUCAGCGGAAGGAAGUGGCGUCCCCAGAUUUCUCUGCCUUUGCCUUAGAUGAGGUGUCCUUGAACCAAAUCACAGAGAAAACGCACCGAGUCCUGAGAGUCAUAGAGAUAAAAAGAUCCAUCUCCUUGCUUCCGUUGUAUUGGCAAUGGCUUCAGAAGACCAAGAUCCCCCAGUACACCAGGGAAGCUCUCUGUGCGCCUGUCUGCCCGCUGCUCCUCUUGUCUCCUGCAGGGGGCAGCACCAUCCUGUACAACUGCUCCACCUGCCAGGGCAUGGAGGAGUCUUGUUGGUCCCAAAAGCGCUGCUUCCCAGGAAGUCUCGAUCUGUGGGACGCCAGGAUUCUGCUUCUAUGUAUCUUUGGAAUUGUCCUGUUUUUGGGUGCUCUGAGCCUCCAAGUGGAGUGAGUUGUGGGGAUCUUCCCAACCCCCUUCCCUGAUUCUCUUCAGGCCUCCCAUCCUCUGUCUCCUUUCAGGUACCUGAAGCUGCAAGCAAAAGACUUGUGAAGAUGCAGACAGCUUUUCCAGCUCCAGCUCUAAGAAAUUUGUGCCCACAAUUUCCACAUCCCUUAGGGUGGGAACCAGCCACUUUUUAGACCCAGCCCCAAAGCCUCAGUCUUUCAGACCCUAAACCUCAGACUUCUGCCAUUAAUAUCCGUGUGAGAUGGCCUCCAGGAACCCAAACACCCACAGCUGGAAAGUCCCUCCCCUCUGUGUUCCACCAAUCAAACAGAGCAGUGGAUGAUGCCAGGAAAUUAUCUACAGAAGGAAAGAAUCCCAUACCACCACCACUCCCACAUCCCGGCUGUCCAUUCCCGGAAAGCGGAGGACUGUUGGCCUGCAGAUGUUGCUCUAGGCCCUCCAAUGACUGAUCCGCAGUCCGGGAAUGAGGGUUCUGGAGAACUCUCUCCCUCUGGGGUGAGAACACAUCAGUCAACCCGCUGGCAUACAGUCCUUCCAUUGUAUUAAUAUUGUGCAGCCUGGGCCCCUCCCUCCUGCUGGGCCCGAGUAAAUCUGCUGUGUGAUGCCUUCCACCCCUGCCUGGCUCUAUCUGCAACUUGGGCAGGCAGAUGGA